AUGCUGGAGGGGAUCGCAACUGGUUAUACAAUGCUACCUCAAGAUUGGAAAGAUCUGAUGCGCGUGCUUUUAUUCCCGGCUCGGUAUGUGGUUUUUGAAAGUGAAUUUAAGCAUAGCGCAGUAGCCCUGGCUGAUCCACAGCAUUCAGCCAACCAACUCUUUGGUGCUGGUCCGUAUGAUAAUAUACCAGCCCAGGCGCAAUUGACACCUUUACAUUUUAGUCGCACCGUGACUUGUGUACAACGCGCCUUUCGCAAAGUCCCUGUCUCAGGGCAACCGCUGAGCUCCUUUGUUAAUAUUAAGCAACAACAUUCGGAGCCUUACCAUCAAUUUAUAGAUAGAUUGAAAGAAUCAAUCAUUAGGCAGAUUGAUGACACUACAGCUCAAAAUGAAUUGAUGAAAAAAUUGGCUUUUGAAAAUGCAAACACUGAUUGCAAGAAGGCUUUGCAUUCAAUUAUACAUCGCCCUAAAUAUGGCCUGGCCGAUAUGAUUCAGACCUGUGCCGAUGUUGGCAGCCAGAGUCAUGCGAUGUCUUUGCUUGCCGGUGCCAUCCAGGCUGGCAAUAAGCCCACGGGCAACUGCUUCAAUUGCAAACGCCCAGGUCAUUUUGCUAAACAAUGCAGAGCCCCUGGCGGGGGAGCAAACAGGAAUGGUGAAGCCAAUAAGGCUAAGCCUUCCAAGAAAUGCCCGAAAUGCGGUAAAGGCUAUCAUUGGGCAAAUCAGUGCAGGAGUUCGGGAAACUCCAUGGGGGCCUAGCUCUCGGGCCAGGACAAAAAGAGAGCCCUCCGCCGUUAGUCUCCACUAUUAAGACCUUUUCUAAUGAUACACCCUCUGAUUUCACCAUUGACUUCAUUAAUCAGGAAACCAAAGACGCUGUUUUACCUGGUGAAAUUGUGCUCAUGCCCACUCAGUUGGCGGGCCCACUACCACCUAAGGUCGCAGGCUUAAUUUUGCCCAAAUUGUCUGCGGCCAAAGAAGGAAUCCUGGUUAUUCCGGGAGUCCUAGAUCCUGACUAUGUGGGCACAAUCAUGGUUCAACUCUGGAGCCAUAUGCCCAUGCAGUUAAAAAAGGGUGAUUCUUGGGCGCAUUUGGUGGUGCUCCCUUCUCAUCCUACUGCUUCUAUUGUGGAUAGUAAUUUGCACCAGCUCUCUCCCCUUCCCCUUUCUCCACAGCUGUUAGCUGUAAUCCAGAGGAUUGGUCAACAGAAACUUCUUCGUAAGUAUAAAAUCAAUGGCUAGGUUCUGGAAGGCUUGAUUGACACGGGCGCAGACAUUUCUGUCAUAUCCAGUAGUUGCUGGGCCCCUUGAGUCUGCCUCUGCGGUUUGGGGCGUGGGUGGACCUCAAACCUCAACCAAAAGCGUAAAGUGGUUGCCUGUUUCUCUGCCUGAUAGCUCUGAAACCAUUGCAUACAUCCAGCCUUGCGUGCUAAAAAUCCACCUUAAUCUGUGGGGCAGAGAUUUACUACAACAAUUACAAGCUACCAUUCAAUUUAAUGAGUAAGCUUGCACUCCCCCUCAACUGGAAGUCAACCAUCCCGGUAUGGGUAGAACAAUGGCCCAUAACGGGGAAAGCUACUUGCUUUAAAAGAAUUGAUGAAUCAACAAUUAUCGGCGAACCAUAUCGAGUCCUCAGUUAGCCCCUAUAACACUCCCAUCUUCGUCAUAAAAAAGAAAAGUGGGAAAUGGAGAUUUCUCCAGGAUUUAAGGAAAAUUAAUGACAUCCUUGAACCCACGGGGCCUUUGCAGUGUGGUCUGCCUAAUCCGAAUGUGAUCCCCCAUUCUUAUCAAUUGGCUAUCAUAGAUUUGCAAGAUGGUUUCUUCUCCAUCCCCCUACAGGAGAAGGAUUGUAAAUUCUUUGCUUUCCCUGUUCCUGUGUUAAAUAAGAGCCAGCCCACGGAACGGUAUCAAUGGAAAGUCCUACCGCAAGGAAUGCUGAAUUCCCCUACCAUGUGCCAACAAUACAUCAGCCAUGGCACACCCUGCUGCUUAAGCCGUUUGUCCAUCAUUUUACCCAAAAAGCAUCAUUUGACCCGCUCUAGAUAGCGCCGCUCUGUGGAAUUGACUAAUGAUUGUGAUGAUUCUGUCUCUCUUCCCAGUAGGUCUGAAUAUAUCUCUUUAGCUGUUUCUCUCUUAGGAGUCCCUGGAUUGGCUGUACGGAAUAGUAUGAACAUUAAUUCCUUAGCUUGUUCUGCAGCAAAAGCCCUGAAUUUUACUUCACAAGCUCUUCACCUUCUGAAUAAAGAACAGAGUGAACUUCAUAAUGGACUUUUACAAAAUCGUGCUGCUAUCACUAUUUGCUCAUGCUUCAUCAUUAUGGCUGUGAACAAGUGAAUGACAUGUGUUGCUUCAAUAUUACUGAUAAUUCUAAAGCCAUUCAAAAGCAAAUCUCUCAUUUGCAAAAUCUCACACAUCACAUUAAACUGGACGUUGGAUUCUCUGGCCUCUGGGAUUCGUUCACCCAGUGGCUCACUGGCUGGUUGCCUAACCUGAAUUGGCUUCGUAAUCUUUUCCAAUAUGCUAUUGUCAUAAUAUGUAUACUAAUUUUGCUAUGCUGCUUCAUCCAAUGCAUUCCUGGUCUCAUGCGUCUUUGGUCUCAGUUUUUUUUCUCCUCCUCUGCCACCUAAUAAAAUCAUUGCCGCCUACUAUGCGAAAUGGCAACAUCAACUGUAAAUGAUAGGGGAGAUGUGGGCAGACUUAUUUCGGGCAUGCGCUGGCAUACCACGUAUCCCGAAGUAUUUUUGUCUUAUUCAACCAAAGUAACACCUCGCCGAUAAGAAAAGAAAGGGGGAGAUGCUGGGAUGGAUGCUGGGAUGUUUUUGCCUCUACGCAUGGGUCUGGGAAUGUUCUGAUCAGUUCACAUUGAGUUCAGUACCCUGACCUGUUCUUAACGCAUUGUUGACCACAUCUACGGAACGCGAUUGUUAUGGUCUUUCAUGUCAUGCAAAAUCAAGCAUUAGUAAUAGUUUAAGUCUUGAUACUCAAUCACUAGUUAAUAGUUUAAUAAGGAGGUUUCACGCCUGUCCAAUUCUGUGUUCCUUUUCCCAACCUUUAAUCUAUUGAUGAUUAAUACCUAUAUUCAACCCUUGCAUUGUAUUCAUGUUAACCAAUCAGCAACAAGCACAUAUGUGGAAAUGCUGCAAUAUUCAAUAAAAGGGACUCUCCGAGACUUGCUCGAGAGAUGCCUCCCGUAUGACACCUUGCCAUUCGUCUGUCGCUUAUUUCAACCCAACAGUGUGGGAAGUGUUUCAAUUGCUUUAUAUAUAGAUAAUUUUAUUAAUACAGUGGUACCUUGGGUUACAUAUGCUUCAGGUUACAGACUCUGCUAACCCAGAAAUAGUGCUUCAGGUUAAGAACUUUGCUUCAGGAUGAGAACAGAAACCGUGCUCCAGCGGCGGAGCAGGAGGCCCCAUUAGCUAAAGUGGUGCUUCAGGUUAAGAACGGACCUCCGGAACGAAUUAAGUACUUAACCUGAGGCACCACUGUAUAUAAUUUUAUUUACAAAUUGCGUUCAAAAAUGGAAGCAUUCACCUCUGGGUUCUUGGCGUUUGAAAGCCCCAAACGUUCAAACUCCAAAGCGUUCUACAACCGAGAUUCCACUGAGAAUCCAGCAAUAGUGUGUUGUCCAACGAUAUCCAUUCUUUUAACCAACACAAAGAGGCUGCCUCGUAGUAGAAAAUCUAGCAGUGCGAAGCCACCUCUAUUUUUAGUAUCUAUCAAAAUUUUAUACUUUAUUCUUGGUGUUUCCCCCCUGCCAGAGUAAUCAUGAAAUAUCUCUUUGCCAUUCGUUAAAGAAGCUUGUAUUAUUUAUUAUUGGUAAUUUAUAAUAAAAACAGUAUCUUAGAUAAAACAUUUAUCUUUAUGGUUGAAAUCCUUCGUAAAAGUGAAAGUUUCAUCCUCCCCUAUAUUUCCAAAUGUUUUAAACAUUUUUUGAUACUCUAACGUAAUUGGAAUAUGUUGUAAUUCAGUGUUUUUCAAAUAAACCCUUAUUUAGUCUCCAUCUAUACAAUGAACUCUUUUCACCCCUCCUUAUCAUCCAUGCUGAGUUUUGAUCUGAUAUAGUUCUUGGCUGGAUCUCUACAGUCUUUAAUCCUGUAGGCAGUUCCUUCAAUAUCCAGAUCAUGUUUCUUCUUCCCGCAGAAUCCUUUGAAUCAGAAGAACAUGUUUACUCUUGUUCUAAUGGGGGUCUGAAUCUCCAAGCAUCUGGGUUGGCAAACUAAGGCCUGUGGGCCGGAUCAGGCGCAAUUGCUUUCUAGAUCCGGCCUGCGGACGGUCCAGGAAUCGCCGCGUGGAUUGCCAGGACGCACGUUCUUUCCCUCUCCCUCACCCGGCGGCGCUUUUCUCCUCAGGGACGAGCAAUCUUGUCCCACACCAGGUGCCAUCAACGGGGGGAGUCGGCUCAUCCGCCUGCCUGCCUCAGAAGGGGGGCACUGGGAAGGGGGCGUGUGACUGCCGGCUGCUGCUGCGUUUUCCUCUUGCUCCUCCUCCCUCUCCCUCAGUCCGCCCUUCCUUCCUUUUCUGUACCCCUUCUCCGUGCCGCUUCCUCACGCGCUUUCUUCGUCACCCCCUCCCUCCUUCAUUCCUCCCAUGGCGUUCAGGUGGUUUGUUGCAGCGGCCGCAGCUGCCGCUUGCGGGUUGGGAAGCAGCAGCAGUUGGUGGGUAAAAGCUCUGGCAACGCCCCGGUUCCCCUGCCUCCGUCCGCGGCUCCUGCUUCGGUCUUCUCCGGCCAACGCAGCCUCCUACCCUGCCCUGGCACCUGGCUGGAGAAGCCCAACUGGGGCUAUUGGGACGACAACUGGGACAGGUAAAGCCAAACAUCUUCAGGCCUCUUUGCGGGCGAAUCAAAAUCGCUCAUUUCCCCCCGAAAUAUAGUCCGGCCCCCAACAAGAACUGAGGGACAGUGGACUGGCCCCCUGCUGAAAAAGUCUGCUGACCCCUGAUCUAGUAGAUCCAUUGUUGUAACCAUAUCAAAAAAAGUAUUUGGUAUUUUCCCUUCUUUUGAGACACUUUCCCUCAGUGUUCUGUCAUAGUCCAGUGAUACUACUCCAUUAAAUUCACCCGUAAUAAUUAUAAUUAUAUUUCUGUCAUAAACCUCAGACGUACUUUCCUCCAGUAGUUGGAAGAAAUCUCAUGCGAAAAGUGGCUCUGAAUCUGAAAGUCCCAUUCCCGGACUUCCGGGUUGGCGCCUCUGGCAAUGGCGGAUUUCCUCCGAUCGGGAGGAACCCGCUCCGCGAAAAAUAGGGUCUGAACCGCCACGGCGAGGUGGAGACCCAUUAAAACCACAAGCGGGAGAAGCCUGUGGACGUGGGAUUCGGCUGGCACCUUUGCGCCUCCCAUACUCACGGGGAAACCCUGUUUUGGGGAUCCGGAGCGACGUGGGGUGAGUAGCGCGGUGCUUUGAAUCGACUGCUUUUUUCACGGAGUGAAGCCGCAUUGCUGUUGCCGGAGACUUUUUCCUGUGGACAAUUGGAUUUCAAACAACUACUUGUGAGUAAAUCGGAAAAUUGGAUUUUUAAAUAUUUUAAUUUGGCACUGAAGUGGGAGGUCACAAACAGGAAGUCCGCCUUCCUUUUUUGUAAAUAGACUGAAGCAAAGACGUUACAAAGUUUUUGGCAAAGGAUUGAAUUUCCACCAGUUUAAAGUUACAAAACCCCCUUGGGAAGCAGGAGAAGAGGGGGAAAUUUUGGAUCUAGUGAGCGUGCAGGAGAGAGUGAAGAAAUCAGAUUACCACUGCUCUGAACCUGGGAACAGGCUGCCAGAUGAUGAUUGAAGAGAGUGCUUUUGACAGAACGGAUUUGACAGUUAGCUAAACAAGAGUAAGAUACUGUUUCCAUUGCCCCUUUGUGCAUUUAAAAAAAAAGAGGAAAAGUAACUGAAAUUUUAUCUUUAAUGCUUGAAAUUGUGCUUAAAAGAACUGAUACAAGUGGAGACUGUUUCCCUCUAGAGGGAGCUUUUAAAACUGUAACAGGAUUGUAACUGGGGAAUUUCCACCUGCAGAAAAGGAGUUUGGGAACCAGAGAGCGACCUUGGGCUAUUUAAAAAUGUUGAUAGGAGAGGCCAUUGUGACUGUUUUAUGUAAGAUAAGCUGUUCGUUGGGAUAGCUUCACAAGAAGAUGGACGAUAUGACUUUUAAAGUUGAUAAUUUGGAACAGAAAGUGACCAACUUGAGUCAAAAAGCGAACACUAACACAGAAAUAAUUCAGUACUUGGUACAGGAACCCAUUUUGGCAGGACAAAUGGUGGAGGAGAAGGUGGAGAAGGAGGAGGAGAAUGCAGCUGUUGUUCAACACAAAAUAAUACAAGUGAGAUCUGUGGAUUUACAGAAGCAAAUUGGAGAUUAUAAAUUGAGGCCUUCUAAGAUUGAAUUCAGGAAAAGUCAGACUCCGAGGAAUGGAUCCCGGUUUGGAUCAAAGAAGGAAAGUUGGAAAGAGCCCUCUAUGCAGGGACUAACUGACUUUUGGGACAUGGACUCGGGUCUGGAGGAGAUUGAAGUUUUGGGGGCCUUUGGAACUGGAGGAACUUUGAAAUAUACCCGGAAAUACUUUAUGGACAGUAGUUUUAACUAUGGAAACUCAGCUGAUUUGUCCAGAAGGAAGAAAAGGAUUGACAGGUUGGAAUUUCCCCGAGAUUGGCUCUUUAGCAUUAAAGAAAAUGAAGAAGACCCGCAGAAGGGACUUGGAAAAGAGUUAAGAGCCUCGGACAUAAGGUCACCAGGUUGAUGGACUUUAUGGAAUUGACGGAAAGGACUGGCAGAAUCCAAAACCUGGGAGAAGAGAUGGUGGAAGAAGAUUGGAAAAUUUAAACUUUUUAUAUAGACUUAUGGUAAAAUUAAUGAGUGAUAGAAAAAUGGUGGAAUGAUUUUUUUAUUUUAUAAUUUUUAUUUCUUAUGGGCUUAAUAGAAAUGUUAUAAGGAGUUAAGUACAUAUAAUUUUGUUUUAAUGGAAAAUAAGGUUAAAAUAAUACAUUAUUUCCAAUAUCACAGAAAAUGGAGAAAGAUGGAAAGGAUUUGCUGAAACAAUCAAUAGAAGUGGAAUACAAAAAGGGAGGUGUGAGGAGGUCGAGGAAACAAGGGAACGAAAGAUACGAGUAUGGAAAAGAGAGGAUGUAUGUUUUUUAAAUUUUUGUUUUGGGGAGUGGGGUUUGUUUAGUUUAGCUUAAUGUGUUUAGUUUUGAGUUUAGGUUGUGUUUUGUAUUGUUUAUAUAUUGUAUUGUAUGGUGUUUGUUUGUUGUUUUUCUUCCAUUUGUUUUUUUUUCUUUUCUGUUUUUUCUUCUGUUUUUUCUCUUUUGCUUUUUUAUUUCUCUCUUUUUGUAAUCUAUAAAAGUAAUAAAUAUUAUUUUUUAAAAUAAAUGAAAGUCCCAGUCCCAAAUCUUAAUCCUGCCACCCUAAGAUAUUAUAAGCAAGCCCCACAUUCCUCUUUCCACCUGCAAUAGGGAGGUUAGAACAACACUUAAUACCCGGCAAGGAUCAUAAGAGCCAGAAUUGCUUAAAAUUGCAGGGAGAGAGAGAAAAACUGGAUUUGAAAUGACCCAACCACAAGAUGAAAAGUCUCCCUAGUAAAUGAGGGAAGGGGGAGGCAUGGGGGGGGGCUUUUGAAGUCUCCCUGCUGGCAAGGGAUUUCCAGAGCAAGGGCGCCUCUGUCUGUCUGGAUCCCUCACUGCCUCUGAAUCCAGUGGGUGGUUUUUAAUGGGGGGAGGAGGGCUGGUGUUUGAAGCUGGGCUUGGCUGUUCGGUGGCGUAGCUCAACAAGGCAGCAGGUGCUCUGCAUGCAGAAGGACCCCGGUUGAGUGCUUGGCAUGCAGAAGGAGAUCCUCCCCCUGCCUCAAAAGGAGGGUGGAGGAAACUUGCCCAGCUUCCCCCCCCCCGCUCCCUGCCGCCAGUUGGGGGGCGGGGGCCGGGUCCCCAUGGAGCCCCCAGAGCAGGAGGCCAGAGGCAGCGCCGCCCCGUCUCCUUCCCCUCCGGACACAGGGAGGGGCUGCUCUGCGGACGUAGCUCUAGGGACGCGCGCGUCGGAAAAGGAGCCGGAAGUGUCGCCGCGAAACGCGCCGGAAGUUGCCAGACAGAGGAAGGAGGAGGGGCGUCGCUGAACAGCCCCCCCGCCCGCCGCCGCCCUUUCUAUUGCAGACAAGGAAAGCGGAGUAAUCUGGAGCCAGGGAGGCGGAGGACCAAGAGGUAAAGAGGGAGAGAAGGGGGGGAUAAGGGGGGAGGACAAAGAGACCCCCCCCAAGGAAAGCGCCCUCCCUGGGGCCCGUCGACAGGGGCCCCGAUCCAGGCGACCCAGGUGGGAAGGGGGGACCCAACACCUGCAGGGCUGGCCUUGCAAGAUCUCCUGGGCAGCAGCAGCACCGCCAGACUCCCCUUUCUCUUUCCUGGGGGGCCGAGAGAUGCUCAGCUGCCCUGCCCCCCCUGGAGGCCUUGGCGGGAAGGGGAAGGAGGACCCCAAGCAGGGCUGGGGGUGGGGCUGAGGCCCCCCAUUCUCCCUGGGGUCGUGGGGCGCCUGGCUGGGGAAAGGGAGAGAGGGAGUCCAGGGAAGGGUUAAAGGAAGGGGGAGGAGCCUCGACAGAGACCCCUCCCCCUCCAGCACCCCUGACCCCCCUUCUCCCCCCCCUUCCCUAAUGACACUACCAGGUUAUCUUAUUCACUAGGACUCAUCUCCAGACUUGGAUUGUCCUCAAUACCACCAAUUAUAGCCUAGCACAAACCCAAAAGUCCUGCUAGGAUGCAUCUUGGCUUCCCUGCAGAUGAAACUGAGUGUGUGAGGAUUGAUAAUAUUUUCAUUUAUCCGUUUCAGACCCCUAAGUAGUAGCCGUUGCCAGGACAUUGUCCUGUUCGCCUCUGUAUAGUUCCAGCCUUAUUUCAGACAUUGUGGUAGAUUGCAAGCAGGGUGGGUUUGAUAUAAAUCAAAUUGAUUUCAAUCACAAUUUACGGUAAAUCACUAGUCAGUAUGAUUCUAUUUAAAUCAAAAAUUUCUGAUUUGGUUACACUAUUAGAAAUACACAGACAGAUAAUUAUGAAAUCAUUCUGAGGUUUAAUAAGUUUACUGUCUAUAUUUAAAAUAAUCAUUUCCUUAAUUACAACUUAAACAAUUUAUUUAACUAAAACCAUAAAAUUAUAGCAUGUUGGUAAACUUUUUUUUUUUUUUUUUCUAAAACAGCCAAGCAGACUGAGUUUUAGCGCACAUGAAAAACUCAGAACUUAAGCAUUUCACCACCUCCACUACCAGCCACCCCUUUGGAUUGGCUUCUGCAUUCAGGUGCCUAUUCUGUACAGUUAUGUGUUAGUGCGAUUGUUGGAACCCAAUGGGAUUGGGAAGAGGUUGCCAGCCCUGAAGAGCCUUCAGCGCUUGCCUCAAGUCUGACUUGCACAAUUAUUACACAAAGACCCCAAGAUGUGUGGAGUAUUCUGCUCACAAGGUUGCACUUUCAUUUUUACUGCUUCACACUUAGCUACUUGUGCAGAUCUCUUCCACUGCAAACCAUCUGUUCAUUGAACCUCUUGGAACUUAGAAUUUAAGGGGUUGAUUCUGUGUAUAUAAAUCUGCAAAGGAACAAUGGGAUUAAGGUUUUCCGUCAACUCUGUAUGUUUAUUUUAUAACAUUUUUCCUGUGAAGAAAAGGCAUGUUAUCUCUGCAGAUACACAAAUUCACACUUUUGAGAAUGGCAAAAACAAGCAUCUGUGACAAUAUCUUCUCAUUAGAAAAACUUCCCCAAAUAAUCUUACAGAAACCUCUGGAAGAGCAUGACAUUGUGAAUGGGUUAAUGGAAUUCAUUUACCCCAAAAAUUAAAUAUUGCAUAUAAAGCCUCAUGCUAGAUAAUUAAAAACAAAUCCUUAUUUCCAGAUGAAUAGCCUUUGGACUAUAAUGUAAUUAAAUAUAAAACUAUCUUUAGAUAGAUUUUUUCCUCUAAAAGCAUUUUAUUUUUUUAAUAAUUCUGAUUAAAAUAAAAAAAAUUCUGAUUUAAAUAAAAAAAUCCAAUUUUUAUUUUUUUAAAAAAUCAUUGAUUGUAUCCACCCUGAUUGCAAUCUUUAGCUGCUGAUAACAUGGCAACGUUUAGCAGGUCAUAUUGUGAGGUUUAGCUGGUGAGAACAUUGCAAUUGUUAGCUGACGAGUUAUCACGAUAUUGAAAAUCAGAUAUUUCCUAGUCCUUAUACACAUUGGAUUUGCGAUAUAACGUCAGCUCAAAUAUUAGGAAACAGUUAGCACAUUAACAUCAAGCCCAGCUCUAAUUAUGACCUAAAUUUCUGGCCCAGUGUAUCAUUGAAGAUUUUACCAGUUUUAUUUUGUUUCCCAUUCUAAUAGUAUCUCAUACAUUUUGGAAAGUUUUUUUUAAAAAAUUGUUCAGCAGUACCUAAGAGACCAGCUGAGUUUGUUCUGGGGAUAAGCUUUCGUGUGCAUGCACACUUCUUCAGAUUGGACAAUUUUCUACCUGAAAUUUGGGAAACACUUUCUCUUUCCUCUCAAUAAUAUCUCUUUCAAACUGUGAACUUUCAGUCCAAAAACCUCUCCCUUCAUCUUGUCGAAACAAGAUGAUUUGAUGUUAUUGAAACCAAUCCGCCACCACACCUCCCACCUCAUCCUGUUUAUUCAGUUUUAUUUCUUCUUCCGAAAAGUCCAAAAGAUCUCUGUAAGUUGCCCAUUGCUUCUUCCCUAUUGCAUUUUUAAAAAGCUGUUGCUUUUGUGGGUGGAAGCCAAAGAGGUGUUUUUCUUUCCAGCAGAUUAUUAUAUUUAUCCCAUACUGUAAAAAGGAUUUUCUCAAUAACCUGAUUCAUAGAGCUCUUGUGUGUUUUAGUUUUAUCCUGCCAUAAAUAAGCGUGCCAACCAAACAUAGUCUUACGACCUUUGUUAUAAGAAAAACCUACUCCUUUCCCCUUAUGGGGUAUCCAAGAGCCCAUAUAGUCCUCAAGUGGGUUCCAUAUAGGUAGGAGAAAAUAACAGAGGCCAACCAGAGUAUAUGGAGAAGCAAAGCAGCUAGUAAGCCUGAUCUUUAUUGCAACAUUGUCCCCCCCCCUCACCACAACCAGCAGGGAGGUGUGCAAGGCCUUAUAUAGUCUUUUGAAAUUGCCCACCCAAGACCACCACCCCCAAUAUCAUACAGAAGGAGACUGUCUACAGCAGGAAUACAUCACAGGAGGCGGUCUACAGCAGAAAACCUGUCCUCAAGGAUACCUGUUAAUGGUCACUAACUGCAUUACCUGGGCAGCCUGGCCAUUCUUUUGUGUUGGUAAAGUUCCUGAAUCCAGGUCACAGGCUCACCCUGUUCAUCCCUCCUUAAGACAGUAUUUGUAAGCACAAAGACAAUGGGAAGGCUUCCAUUUGCCUCCUUUACUGCAGAGGAAUAUUUGAGUACGUUUCCGGGCACAAUUCAAAGUGUUGGUGCUGACCUUUCAAGCCCUAAACGGCCUCAGUCCUGUAUACCUGAAGGAGCGUCUCCACCUCCAUCGUUCAACCUGGACACUGAGAUCCAGCGCCGAGGGCCUUCUGGCGGUUCCCUCAUUGCGAGAAGUGAGGUUACAGGGAACCAGACAGAGGGCCUUCUGGGUAGUGGCGCUUGCCCUGUGGAAUGCCCUCCCAUCAGAUGUCAAGGAAAUAAGCAGCUAUCUUAUUUUUAAAAGACAUCUGAAGGCAGCCCUGUUUAGGGAAGUUGUUAAUAUUUCAUGCUUUACUGUUUUUAACACUUGAUUGGGAGCCGCCCAGAGUGGUUGGGGAAACUCAGCCAGAUGCGCUGGGAAUAAAUAAUAAAUUUUAUUAUUAUUAUUAUUACUACUACUACUACUACUAUUAUUAUAGGUCUGUGGUGCUCAAUGUUUAGGCAUAGUAAAUAUUAGGAUUUAAUUAGAACUUGUGUGUUAUAAUGGAGAUAUGUUAUAAGGUAGUCUCGGUGUAUUUUAGAAAGGGAGUUAUGUAAAGGGUUUUUCAUGUUUGAGCCGUGUUUCUGGGAAAGCAGAAGGGGCAAGCAAGGAAGGGGGAGACGGCCAAAGAAACCUGCUCUCACACAGGUGCCCCCCCCUGCCAAUUCCGUAACCUUAGCAAAGCCCAAGUUCAAACACCACCCCUAUUUAAAAGAGGCCCCCGUAAGGACGACACUGGACUGCCCUUUACGGUUGCCGUAAGUUACUCUUCCAAGUCCCAAAAGCGCGAAGCAACUCCGGUCUAUUUUGCAGGGCUGUUGUAAUGGGGACGCCCUAUGCCACCGCCCAGGGCAGCCCAAAGUGACGUAUAACCAGUUGUUGUUGUUGUUGUUGUUGUUGUUGUUGUUGUUGUUGUGUUCCACUCCACGGUGAGACUCCAAGGUCUUCUGUGUCAUCUUUCCUGUGCAGUGGACGCUCAGGUUGCGAACGUGAUCCGUGCGGGAGGCACAUUCACAACCCGCAGCGCCGCGUCUGUGCAUGUGCGGGUUGCAAUUCGGUGCUUCUGCACAUGCGCAAAGCGUGAUUUAGUGGUUCUGCACAUGCGCAAGGGCUGAAACCCGGAAGUAACCUGUUCUGGUACUUCCGGAUUCCGUGCGGUGCCCAACCCGAAAACACAACUCAAAGCGUCUGUAACCCGAGGUAUGACUGUCUUUUGGAAGGCAGCGGGAAGGCUGUUCUCAGGGCCUGCUCCACCGUGAGGGAAACUGAGGCAGCCCCCUCAGGCAGGAGGGGCAGGGAGGGGACGGAGCUGAGUCCCAUUUGGCCAGCCCUGAUUUAACCCUCUAUCCCAGGCAUAGGCACCCUAAGGCCCAUGGGCCGGAAGUUUGGAAAAACUUUAAAAAGUGUAAGAACUCACAUUAGGUAGUCAAAAAAUAGUAAUUUAAACAAAAUGCUUAUAAAAAAUAAGAUAAUUACUUAACAUUUAGCUUCUGUUACACAUUAUAUCCACAUAAGUCAAUAGAAAAAGUACAAAGAGAUGAUGUUCAAGAUGUGCCCUUUGGGAAAUUUGGUUUUGGCAACCGCAAAACAGCAUCCUUCAAAUCAACACUUGCAAUAGGGAAGACAAACAUACAAAAUCCUGGUUUUUUCCUGAGGUAUGACACUUGUUUAGAGAUUAUUGUACACUAAGCGGGGCACUUUUAUACAUAUCAGUGCGUCCCAUGUCUUAGUGUAUCAAAGUGCCCCAAUGGACAUUUUCAAGAAACUAACAAUUGUUAAUAAAACCACUGAACUUAUUUGAAAAUCACGUGUAAUCCUGAUUACUGAGUGGAAUAACUUACCUUUGGUAUUUUUAAAUCUUAACUAAAUGCCGUAAAAAAGUGUUGGAACACUUUUACAUUUCACAUAAUUUUUAUUUUAUUUUUUUAAAAAAGAUAUUUAUUAAGGUUUUCACAGUGUUACAAAAUGAAAAAAAAAAAUACAAAAUAAAAAUAGUUAAAAACAAUUCAAUCUUUCCAUUACUUACCUUUCAUUUGCUUGUUUCCCAGACCUCCUCAUACCUCCCUUUUUUGUAUUCCAGUUCAAUUUAUUAGUUCAGCAAAUCCUUUCCCUCUUUGUUUUAUCCUGAUCUUUAAUCUUAAUAUAUUAUAGCAUUAAAUUUUUACCUGUUAAAAAUCCAUUUUUCACAUUCUUUUAUACCAUUACAGCUAAAAACCACCUAACUUCAAUCCAACAUCAUUCUAACAUUCAUUAAUUUUGCAGUAUUUCUGUAAAUAGUCUUUAAAUUUCUUCCAAUCUUCUUCCACCGACUCUUCUCCCUGGUCACGGAUUCUGCCAGUCAUUUCCGCCAGUUCCAUAUAGUCCAUCACCUUCAUCGGCCAUUCUUCCAGAGUGGGUAGGUCUUGUGUCUUCCAGUACUUUGCAAUAAGUAUUCUUGCUGCUGUUGUGGCAUACAUAAAGAAAGUUCUAUCCUUCUUUAACACCGAUUGGCCGACUAUGCCCAGGAGAAAGGCCUCUGGUUUCUUCAAGAAGGUAUAUUUAAAUACCUUUUACAAUUCAUUAUAGAUCAUCUCCCAGAAAGCCUUAAUCCUUGGGCACGUCCACCAAAGGUGAAAGAAUGUACCUUCAGUUUCUUUACAUUUCCAACAUUUAUUAUCGGGCAAAUGAUAAAUUUUUGCAAGCUUGACUGGGGUCAUGUACCACCAGUAUAUCAUUUUCAUAAUAUUCUCUCUUAAGGCAUUGCAUGCCGUAAACUUCAUACCUGUGGUCCAUAACUGUUCCCAGUCAGCCAUCAUUAUGUUAUGUCCAACAUCUUGUGCCCAUUUAAUCAUAGCUGAUUUCACCGUUUCAUCCUGAGUGUUCCAUUUCAACAGCAAGUUAUACAUCUUUGACAAAAUCUUAGUUUUGGGUUCUAACAGUUCUGUUUCUAAUUUUGAUUUCUCCACCUGGAAGCCAAUUUUCUUAUCCAAAUUAUAUGCCUCCAUUAUCUGAUAAUAAUGAAGCCAAUCUCGCACUUUGUUUUUUAAUUUCUCAAAACUCUGCAAUUUCAGUCUAUCUCCAUCUUGUUCCAAGAUUUCCCAAUAUUUCGGCCAUUUAUCCUCCAUAUUAAGCUUUUUCUGAGCUUUCGCUUCCAUCGGUGACAGCCACCUUGGGGUUUUGUUUUCCAUUAAGUUCUUAUAUCUUAUCCAAACGUUAAACAAUGCUUUCCUAACAAUAUGGUUUUUAAAUGCUUUAUGUGCUUUGACCUUAUCAUACCACAGAUAUGCAUGCCAUCCAAAUACAUUGUUAAAACCUUCUAAAUCCAAAAUGUCUGUGUUUUCAAGAAGCAGCCAUUCUUUCAACCAGCAAAAAGCUGCUGAUUCAUAGUAAAGUUUAAGGUCUGGCAGGGCAAAUCCACCUCUUUCCUUUGCAUCUGUUAAUAUUUUAAAUUUUAUUCUAGGCGUCUUGCCCUGCCAGACAAAUCUAGAAAUAUCUCUCUGCCACUUCUUGAAACAGUCCAUUUUGUCCAGGAUUUGCAAUGUUUGAAACAAAAACAUUAUAGGCAAUACAUUCAUUUUUAUCGCAGCAAUACGACCCAGCAGUGAAAGCUUCAAAUUUGACCAAAUUUCUAAAUCUUUUUUCACUUCAACCCAGCAUUUUUCAUAGUUGUCUUUAAAUAAAUUCCCAUUUUUGCUGUCAUGUUAAUCCCCAGGUAUUUGACUUUCUUGACCACUGUUAAACCUGUCUCAUUCUGAAACCUCUCUCUCUCCAUUGGUGUUAAGUUUUUCUCUAAAACCUUGGUUUUUAACUUAUUCAGUUUGAACCCUGCAACCUGACCAAAUUCUUGAAUCAGUUCUAAAACCCUUUUGGUACUAGAUUCUGGCUCCUGUAACGUCUGUACCAAGUCAUCUGCAAAUGCUCUCAAUUUGUACUGUUUGGCUCCGACUUGUAUACCUUUAACCAACUGGUCCCUUCUGAUCAUAUUCAGCAAAACCUCCAGGACCGAUAUAAAAAGUAAUGGGGAGAUUGGGCAACCUUGUCGUGUCCCUUUUUCUAUCUUAAAUUCUUCCGUCACCACAUUAUUUACAAUUAAUUUAGCCUUUUGUUCAGAAUCUAUUGCACUUAUACCGUUUUCAAAGCCUUGGCCUACCCCCAUAUCCUGCAAGUUCUUCUUCAUAAAACUCCAAGAAAUGUUGUCAAAAGCUUUCUCCGCAUCCACAAAUAUUAAAACUGCCUUAGUAUUUAUAUUCACUUGUAAUUUUUCUAAAAUGUUGAUUAUGUUUCUCACAUUAUCCGAUAGAUGUCUACCCGGGAGAAAGCCUGCUUGGUCUUUAUGUAUCUCUUCCACUAACACUCUUUUUAGUCUUUUAGCCAAAAUGUCUGCAAAAUUUUUGUAAUCCACAUUGAGCAAUGAUAUGGGGCGGUAGUUCUUAAGCUGCGUCUUUUCAGUCUCUGUUUUCGGUACAAGUGUAAUAUACGCUUCUUUCCACGACUCUGGUGCCCUUUUCCCAUCCAUUAUUUCGUUACAGACUUCUUUUAAAGGUUGUACUAACCAUUCUUUUAAAGAUCUGUAGUAUCUAGAAGUCAGUCCAUCCGGUCCUGGAGAUUUACCUAAUUGCAUAUUCUGAAUGGCACCUUCUAUCUCCUGUUCAGUUAUUUUAUAGUUCAACAUUAGUUUAUUUUCUUGGGAGAUUUUUUGUAAUCCAUUUGUUUUCAAAAAUCGGUCUAAGUCAAUUUCUUUCUGUGGCCCUUGUGUAUAUAGUUGUUUGAAGUACCUCUGGAAACAAUUUCUAAUCUCAGCUGGGUUCUGUAUAUUCCUUCCUUCCACUUCUAGAUUAGUAACUGUAUUUAAUUUUUGUCUUUUGUCACAUUUGUUUAAUUUUCCAUUCUAUCUCCUGAUUCAUCAUUUUCAUGUAUUGUACUUGAUGUAACUUUAUUUCUCUCAAAAUCUCUUGCGACUUUGGUUUUGCUCUCAAUUUCUUUUCACUUUCCUUUAUUUUCUCCAAAAUUUUAUCCUUCUUCAAAUUUUGGAUUCUCUUCUUCAAUGCAUUCUGUUGUAUCAAGAACCCUCUCAUAACAGCUUUACUUGCGUCCCAGAUUACUAUUUUUUCCACAUUGGUGUUCAUAUUUAUCUCGAAAUAAUCUCUCAGGGUUUUUUGGGCCUUCUUAAACACUUCUUCAUCUCUAAAUAAGUGUCAUUCAUCCUCCAUCUGAAGGAACCAGUUGGUAUUAGUUUCAUCUCCAUCUUUACAGCAUUAUGGUCGGAGCAGGUUUUUGGGCAGAUUUCCACUUUUCUUAUCUUUGGUGCCAUUCCUCUAGUUACCCAUAUUUGGUCAAUUCUUGUCCAUGUCAGUUUAGCUUCAGAGAAGAAGGUUCCUUCUCUGGCUAAGGGAUUCUUUGUUCUCCAGAUAUCAACUAAGUCCAAGUUGUCUGUCAUCUCAGAACAAGUUUUCGGUAGUCUACCAUCCUUAGCGAUUACCUGUCUUUGUGCCUUGUCCAUGUGUGUAGAUACCACUCCAUUCAUGUCUCCCAUCAAAAUCACAUUAUAAUCCAAAUAGUCCAUCAAGGUCUCAUGCAACUUUUUAAAAAAGUCAGAUUUCCCCUCAUUUGGUGCAUAAACUCCUACUAUCAAAAAUUUCUCUCCUUGUGUUUGAAUUUCAAUUGCCACAAAUCUUCCUUGGUCAUCUUUGAAGAUAAAUUUCGGUAAUAGUCUCUCCUUUGCAUAAAUCCCUAGCCCUCUUUUUUUAACCUUGUCCGAUGAAAUAAACUCCUGACCCAGUCUUUUAUUAAUCAGUAGUUUCCUGUGUAGCCUUGUUACAUGUGUUUCUUGUAAACAAAUCAAGUCCAAUUGUUCCUUUUUUAAUAAAUGAAACACAGAUCUCCUUUUCUGAGGGGAGUUCAAACCAUUACAAUUCCAGCUUAAUAGUUGCAGAGCCAUGAUGUAUUUACUUUGCUUCUCCUCCAACUGCACCCAGUGCCUGUUCCUGAUCUGUCGGUGGUAUCCCCUUCUUCAGGCGGUCUUUUAGUUCAGGAGGUAAACCUGGUAUGUCUAAAGUUUCACUUACUAGUGCUCUUAACUCUUCUGCAGCUUCCUUCUGCAGGUCUUCUCCGUGGUCUCUCCAAAAUCUAUCUUUGUCGUCCUCUGAUCUUAUUUUUAUCUUCUUCCAUGUGUAACUAAAGGAUAGGCCUUGGGGGAAUUCCCACCUAAAGAUGAUUCCGUUACUUCUCAACAGGGCAACCAAACCUCUAUAAUUGGACCUAAGGUCCAAAAGAUGUUUCGGAAUGUCCUUAAAUAUCUCCACUUUUGACUGGUGUAUUUCCAAAGUCUUCUGGAAGUGCAGACUCAAGAUUUUGUCUCUCUCCUCUUUUGUUCGGAGGGUGAUCAAACAGUCUCUCACCCUGUUCUUCCUCCCUCCUCUUCCAAGCCUGAAGGCACUCACUAUCUUGAAACUAUCCUUCUCCAAAUCUGGGUUCCAAAAGUCUGCAAAUUCCUGCGUAAGAAAGUCAAUCAAGUUGUCUUUCUCAAGUUCGGAUACGGCCCUGAUCCUUAAAUUCGUUUGUUUCUCCUUCAACUCAAUCAUAGACAGUAUUGACCUGUGGUCUUCCAGUUGUUUGUGUAUCGGUUGUAUCUUCUCUUCUACAACAGUGGCUGUAGCAGUUGCUAUUUCCUUUGCCUCUUCGGCUGUCUUUCGUGUCAAGGUAGAUUCCUGUAGUAAUUUCUGAAUAGUUUCUGUAUUGGUAUUUACCUUCUGUCCCAAAUUAUUAAUACUUGUGGUGUUUUGGUCAAUUUUACCCGAUGCCUCGGCUACUUGUUUACUUAUUCUUUCCAAAGAUUCGUUGAUUUUACCUAGUGCCUGAGCCAAAGCAUCUUCAGCUGCCAUUCCUUUAGGUUUAGGUUGUGCCGAUGAGGUUACUGUUGGUAAACCAGAAGGGCCAGAUGUCGAUGCUCUUCGUUGCAGCCCACCGUCUGUGCGAAAUAGUCUGCCAGAUCUUGUUGCUCUUUCCUGUAACAAAUCUAUCUUCUCCUUCCCAUCUGCCAUAACCCUCAAGAUAAAACCCAAGGUCAGUCUCACGAUCAGAAUUUGUUUUGAAGUGGAAAAUUCCCCUGGCCCAGCUGCUAUUGUAGCAUUUUCGAACUUCCUCUAGGGGGACACAGUAGCCGUCAAAAGUGUCUUAAAGUAAUUAACUUUUUUCCUUUAGCCCCCCAAUUCACAAAAAGGACAAUAGUUUCAAUCCCAGUUAUUUCCUGUUACUUUAAAACCAGGAGAAGCCAGUCAGAAAUAUUGUAUCUUACUUGUAUCUCAGAUGCAGAGUUAACUGUCAAAGAGUACUUUCAGCAACAGCGUGUUUCGCAAUACGGCUUUCUUACUGUUCACUGGCAACCCGUUCCAGGGUUUUGAGCGGUGGAUUUUAGCUUCUUUUCCUCUCUUUUUGCAGGGAAAUACAGUUCAGACCUUUCCCCCCUCCUCCCCUGCAAUCAAGGGGAAAUCGCUUGUUUGAUGUUCGAAUUAUAGUCCUUUUCCGACGUCUUUUAAGGUUUCCGCUUACAAGUUCAUUGCUUUACUCCAUUUACAAGAACGGAAGGCAGACUUCCUGUUUAUGCCUCUCCGCUUCGGUGCCAAAUUAUUUGUAAAAUUUGUAAGUUCCUUUAAUUCCGAAAUUAGCCUACUCACGGAUCGUUGUUUUGCAGCCAAAUUGUCCCAGGAAAAGGGCAGCGCUCUCCGGUAACGGCUACGCGGCUUCGCUCCACGGAAGAAGCAGUUGACUCACAGCACCGCGCCACUUCCCCGCUCCGCUCCGGAGCCCGUAGUCGGGCUCCUUUGCCAAUUGGGGGGGGCGCAAAAGGUGCCCGCCGAGUCCCACGGUCACAGGCUUCACCCGCCUGUGCUUUUUGAAGGGUCCCCGCUUCGCCGUAGCAGUGCAGUCCCGAUUUCCGCAGAGCCGGUUCCCUCCAAGUCAGAGGGAAUCUGCCAUUACCGAUGGCGCCACCCCGGAAGUCCACAUUUCACAUAAUUUUUAGUUGGUCGUGCUAAAAACACACCUCCUCUCUUCAAACGCCAACAGCUAACUGGCGGCCAGCACAGUUGCAACUGUUCUACUCACACAUGUAUAGGCACAUUUGGGUGAUGUCGCGACACAAAUACCAUUUCUCGAUAUUGAAAUAUUGUUGGUGUGUAAAUGUGCCCCUUGCAUCAAUGUGCCCCACCUCCCCCAAUCAGCGUUUUCAGAGGAGGGGGAAGAAGGGGAAAGUGUGUCCCACCAGAUAAGACUCCCAUCCUCCCUGGCCAUGGGCCAUCCUUCCUUGGGCAGGUGGUACUUUGAGUCCAACCACAUCUGGAGGGCCAGAGGUGCCUCACCUCAGUAUAGACGGUUCCUCUAGGGCUCAGUGUUACUUGGGAGUUGGUGAAAUUGGAUCUUAAGGGUUCUUGAGACAUUGCCAAGGGAUUGUGAUUGGUAUCCAGACCCUAACAGUAUAAAGCCAAGGUGUCCCCACUGAGCAGUUUAUCAACCCUGCUGGCCGCUGGGGAAGACCUUCUGAAGGAAAUGGUUUGUCCCCAAAGUUGCUUCCUUCCUUUCUCCGCUGCUGCUGCCCACACUAAAGGAAUGUCUGGAUGAAAUCCCAGGGAUGUCUGGCUCCUAUGUCCAGUUGAGAUUCUAGAAAAAAGUGUGGCUAAGAUUCUGAGUCACAAUCGUGGCUGAGAAAUACAGCCAGGGAAUAUGAAACUGAUUUGAAGAUUGGUUUAUUCUUUACACUUUAUUAUUAUUAUUAUUAUUAUUAUUAUUAUUAUUAUUAUUAUAUUAUUAUUAUUAUUAUUAUUAUUAUUAUUAUUAUUACAUUCAGGAGGACACACCACUGGUUUCAUCAUCUUUCUAUUCUUUCCCACACUCAGUGUUAGUCACCUUUAAUACUCACCUUUUUCAGUGUAACACAUAUUUUUAUCUUGUGAUAUUCAGAUGAAGAGAGGUAUAACAAUUUAAUAAAUAAUUCCCAGUUGGAGCAGAGCUAGAAUAUCCAGAAGCCCUUGGCCACCCACGGCAAAGGAGGAAGAACAGUGAGAGAGGCCUGGACAGGGAAUCUCCGCUAAGAUAAGCCAGUGUCAGGAGGCAGGUGCGAGACCCGGUGGCAUAUAAUUAUUAUAAAUCAUAAUUGGGGUGGGUGUCUCAGUCUGGCCUUCCCAGUGGUCAGGCUCCAGCUGCUUUCCUUCUGCAUCUCCAGCUCUCUCCAUUCAAGAAUGCAAGGCUGAGAGAUGGAGGUCCAGCCCCAAGAACAUUCUGCAACUGAGCACUCCUUCAACCGACCACAAGCAAGAAGCCUUGUCACUAGAUUUAUAUAUGGGUCUCCCAAAAUGGUCAGUAUGGACCUCCUGAGGCCAAAGGGAAUGUGCAGGUGAUUAAUAAAGAUCUAGAGGUCGAAGGCGACAAAAUGUGGCCCAAGGGGUGCAGCGGAUGAAGAACUUCAUGAUGAAUUUAGGAUCCUGAUUAAUAUUGGCCAGGUUCAUGGAACAUAAGAGCAGCUCCCGUUCCUGUGAGAAACCACUUUUUAUAAAAUGUAAACCCCAACCGUUCUACAGUAUUCUAAGAUAAUGCUGCUUCAUUAAUGCUUAAUUAAGGGUUAGGAAAGGCUGAUGAUGCAUUACCAUUAUUUAACAUUAUUUCAUCUGUCUUUCCUAAAACUUUGGAACAUAUGGAGGACAGGAAAGAACGUACGAGACGUCAAAAUAAGAGCAGGUGCUAAUUGAUGUGUGUAAUAUUCCUUUGUUCUCUUCCUAGGUUUCCUUCCCCCCCCACUCUUCCUGUUGAAAGAAGACAAUGGAGAAGGCAGUCAAAAUUCUGGAGGGCCAUGUCCAAUGGGAAUAACAAAGAAACCAUAUAA